AUUGUGGAUGUGGGAGCGCAUUCCUAUUGGCAGGCCCGAGAGGCAUAGUAUUGGGGUUGUUCCAUCAUACGAGGAAGAGGCGGUGGGUACUGUGGGUUGGCUGUGGAACAAUAGUGAAACUGUGCACGGGAAUCCAGGAAGGCAGUACGUAGACUACAUCAAUGCUCUUGACUGCCUCAGUGCUGCACACGUUGAAUGGCAACCAUACAAUCGCCAAGAGGUGCAAAACAUGGAGCUUAGUCCGCAAUGCACCAUGGAUACUCAAUAUUGGCGCUCCGUCUGUUCUCUUAUUUGCUACUAUACUGUGGAGUUUCACCUUCCAAAUCGCGUGAUGCGCCAGUUUGGAAUACUUCAGACAUGUCCUCCCGAGCAUCUCAGUACUAGCCAAGAGCUGCAUGCGUAA